UCUAUACUUUCACUCCGGUUUAAAUUGCGCUACUUUUCUUUUGGUUUAGAAAAAAAUACUUUAAUUUCUUAGAUUCACCGGAAAUAUCUGCCCACUACUGCUAAUUUGACGAAAACGGAGCAGUACAGCGGUGCAACUUCUUAUAAAAAAAAUUAAAAAAGAAGAAAAAUGACCUUGCCAACUUUGAGUCAGCACAUGACUCUGUUUUUGUUCUUCCUUUGUAUUUCUCCGGUGCUCAUCUCUUGCCGGGCAACCGCCACUGCCAGGUACACUAGCACGGCACGGCCCAAAGGAACCUCCACCGAAGCGGGCUCUUUUCCAGCAGCGCCCGCCGACAGCAGCCGGGCUGCGAAGUCCAACAGUCGGAAAACUCCGAGUAAGGUGCCAGAAACUCCUCUACACAUAGAGAGGAAGCCAAUCAGGAGCGUGAAGAUCGCAAAGAAGCCCAAAAGUGUCCUCAAGAAAGUAGAAGUAGCCUCUGAGAAGCCAAAAGUUGUUAAGAAAUCCAAGGCCAGCCCGGUGGUCCCCAAGGAGACGGCGACACAAUGUCCUCCUCUGGGUCUGGAGUCCCUCAAAGUGAAAGACACCCAGCUGAGGGCGUCAUCCUACAAGCGGCGAGGCCUGGGCCCCCACCGCGGCCGACUCAACAUCCAGUCGGGGAUCGAGGAUGGUGACAUUUACGACGGAGCCUGGUGCGCCCAUGAGCGCAACACAAAGCAGUGGCUCGAGGUGGACGCUCUGAGACUGACGCGCUUCACUGGUGUCAUCCUGCAGGGGCGCAGUUCUAUUUGGAGUUGGGAUGUGGUUUACACCUAUAAGGUGCAGUUCAGUAAUGACUCCCAGCUGUGGACACCAUGCAUGAACGGGACUCAAGAGGCUAUUUUCCAAGGCAACCGUGACCCGGAGACACCGGUGCUGGUUGUCUUCAACACGUCCACGGUGGCGCGUUACAUCCGGAUCAACCCUCAGACGUGGUACCAGAACGGGACUCAAGGAGACAUCUGCCUCAGGGCUGAGGUGCUGGGAUGUACACUACCAGAUCCUAACAUGGCGUACCCAUGGCAGACGGAAGUCACCCAGGACAAACUGGACUUCAAGCACCACAAUUACAAAGAGAUGAGGAAGUUGAUGAAGGCGGUGAAUGAGGCGUGCCCCCACAUCACCCGCCUGUACAGCAUCGGGAAGAGCUACACCGGGCUACAGCUGCUCGUCAUGGAGAUCUCAGACAACCCGGGCACGCACGAACUGGGAGAACCGGAGUUCCGCUACGUGGCAGGGAUGCACGGGAACGAGGUGUUAGGUCGCGAGCUCCUUCUCAACCUGAUGCAGUUCUUGUGUCGCGAAUAUAAGCUCGGGAAUCAGCGCGUUGUCCACCUGGUCCAAGAGACUCGUAUCCACCUGCUGCCCUCCAUGAACCCCGAUGGAUACGAGAUGGCCUUCAAAAAGGGCUCGGAAUUGUCUGGGUGGACUCUGGGCCGGUACAGCUAUGAAGGCAUCGACAUGAACCACAACUUCGCCGACCUCAACUCAGUCAUGUGGACCGCCUUGGAGUUGGAGACGAACCGCUCCAAACUCAUCAACCAUUACUUCCCCAUUCCCGAGCAGUACACCUCGGAGGACGCUUUUGUAGCAUCCGAGACCAGAGCCGUGAUCAACUGGAUGCACGAGAUCCCAUUCGUGCUUGGCGCCAACCUUCACGGCGGCGAGUUGGUGGUCACGUACCCGUUUGACAUGACCCGCGACUGGGCGCCGCGAGAGCACACACCCACCCCGGACGAAAGCUUCUUCCGAUGGCUGGCUGCAGCCUACGCCAGCACCAAUCAGGUGAUGUCCAACCCCGACCGACGGCCGUGCCACAAUAAGGACUUUGUUCGCUACAACAACAUCAUCAAUGGUGCUGACUGGCACAACGUACCUGGAAGCAUGAAUGACUUCAGCUACCUGCACACAAACUGCUUCGAGGUGACGGUGGAAUUGUCCUGUGACAAGUUCCCGCACGCCAGCGAGCUUCCCAAUGAGUGGAAGAACAACCGAGAGUCUCUGCUGGUCUACAUGGAGCAGGUGCACAGGGGCAUCAAAGGCGUGAUCCGUGACAAAGACACAGAGACGGGAAUCUCAGACGCCGUCAUUCAAGUAGAAGAUAUCGACCACCACAUCCGAUCAGCUGCCGAUGGAGACUACUGGCGUCUGCUGAAUCCCGGCGAGUACCGUGUGACAGCCAGCGCCAGCGGCUACCUGCCGUCCUCACGCACCUGCCAGGUCAUGUACGACUACUUCCCCACCAUCUGCGACUUCCGCCUGGCCAAGGAGCCUCGGCUGAGGAUCAAGAUGAAAAAGCUAAAUAAAGGUGGCCAGCUCACCAGGGAAAUGCGUCUCCGCCUGCGCCUGCGUCGACUGCGCAAACUGCAGCUGGCUGGCAGGCGCGCAAAGACCAUGUGAGGAUGACCACUUCAUUAACUCCAGAUGUUGGUGGAAGUAUAUCUUCAUUUCAUUAUUUUUAUUGUCCCUUACAUUUAAGAUAGCCAAACACAGACUUGUUUGGAAAAUAUUACAUGCAUAAUUCUU